AUGGAAAGAGCAUCCCAGAACUGCCCUGUGUUCCAGUCAGCUGGGACAUCACCCCCCGUGCCCGACACCCUGGCAGCCCGUGAUAUGCCUAGGAAGGAGCUGGGCAUGGCUGGCUGCAACUCUGGCAGCUGUGACAGCAUGAUCAGCACAGCCUCCAACCACUCACAGCGGUUGGAAGAAACUAUUGGCUCACUGGAUGCAGAAGCAGACAGUGGGGUCUCCACUGAUGAGACUGACUAUGCAGAGCCCUCCAAGCUGCCUGGGAUGUGGCCCAAGAGAGAUCCUGUGCCCCAGGAUCUGGGAAAUGGGACUCUCCCUCCAAGAGGUCAGCAGCAUGUGGCUGAACAGAAGGAUGCUAAAAGCAUCUCUGCCUCCUCCAGCUCAGCUCCAACAGUGGUUUCAAGGCCAGGCUAUCACAGUCUUCCAAGGAACAUCCCUACAGCAAAUGGAGCUUCUGACAGCAAGGUGACUGUUCACACAGCGAAGGACGCAGUGCCAGCAGAUAAAUCUUCACAGGAGAUGGCCAAGGAGGACAGGCUUGACCAUGCCAACACAGGAAGCCAAAUGAGGUCUGUGAGAUCUUUGACUAUCCAACCUCCAGAUCCCUUCCAGGAUGACCUGGUGGACCAUGAGUGGUCACGCAGCAACUACUCGGAUGCCAAGGGGGAAAGAGCCAAGGAGACCAAGACUUGGACUUCAUGGGGCCAACCAGAGAAAUCCAUAUUGGAAGAGACCUCUCAGGACCUUGAUGCCAAACGUGGGCCUCCCACUGCCCCCAAACCACGAAAAUUGCCACCAAAUAUUAUCCUGAAAACCAGCAAAAACAACCCAGUGCCACUGGCCACAGAGCCUAACCAGAAGGCAAAAGCUCCUCCUCCACCCUCAGCUGCUUCUCACCCCGACCCUGCUGCAGAGAAGAUGAAUUCAGGGCAUUUCGACCCCAAGGAGAAGGAGAAAGUCCACCAGGAAGCACUGGAGAAGCUUGGCCUGUUGCACAACAGGAGGCAGCCCAGCGUUCACCUUCAACCUGCCCCACAUCCCCCGCCAAGGGAGACACCAUGCCCCAUCCCUGGGGAGCCCCAGGCUGUGGAGAGCUUGGGGCCAGGAAUCCGACAGAUAACAUUCAAAUCCAACACCCUGGAGCGCUCCGGAGUGGGGCUGAGCAGCUACAUAACCAACACCAAGGAGCAGAACGUCAAGACCAGCAGCUCCUUGGGCAAGAUGUCCUUCAUCGAGCGGCUCGCCCCGAGUUUCCUGAGGAGCAGCCGCCCCCGGCCGGUGUCCCUCGGGGCAGGGAAGGACUUUGCUGCCCUGAAGGAGUCGGGGCAGGUGGAGCAGGAGAAGAGCAGCAAGAGGAGAUCCCACCCUCUGCCGAGCUUCCCCAGGCCACCGCGCUCCUGCGUCAGCGUCAAGAUCUCCCCCAAGGGCGCGACCGACGACAACCGGAGGGAGGCUCUGAAGAAGCUCGGCCUGCUGAAGGAAUAG